CCCGCCAUCUUGGCAUCCGCGUCCUUCUCCUUCUCCUCCUUCGUCUUCUCCUCCUCCUCUUCCUCCUCCUCCUCCGCCUCCUCCUCCUCCUCGGGAGGCUCCGUGUCCGUUCCUCCAGCGCUCUAACGCCCGUGGACACCGGCGGUGCGACGGGGGGCGGAACAUCCCAGGUGGACGCUGCAUGUCCGGGGAGCCGGCGAUGACUCGAGGGGAAGCUCCAUGAUGGCAGAGAAAAUGAUGGUAUCAGCAGAGUGUGGACAUCAGCUCCUGUCCAACUUCAGUGGUCAGUGUCAUUUGAGGAUGUAACCGUGGACUUCACCUGGCGGGAGUGGCAGGAGCUGGACGCUGCUCAGAGGACCCUCUACAGGGAUGUGAUGCUGGAGAACUACCAAAGCCUGGCGUCCUUGGGGUACUGUGUGAGCAAACCCGAGUUGAUACUCAAGCUGGAACACGGGAUUGAGCCAUGGACAGCAGCAGAGGCCCCACUCGUAGACUUCUCAGAUGUUGAUAACAUGAGUGGCCCUAUUGAUACCAGCCAGGAGAAUCAGGAGAGACCCUUAUGGGAGGGUGUAACCACCAGCAAUGGAUCGAACGAAGAGUUGAUUGAAGCGGAACUAAAGGUUCAAGAGGACAUUGACCAGGGGCCAAAAUCCUGUGACUGUCAGCUGUGUGUGGAGAUGUUUUACUGGAAGUCACAGCACCCCGUGGACCAGAUCUUCCACACGUGUGACAAGCCCUGCGAGUGUAAGGAGUGCCGGGAAGCCUUCUACUACAACUCGGCCCUCAUCCCGCACCAGGGGCUCAGCACGUACGAGGACCCCCAGCACCCCAUGGACCGGCUGUUCCACACGCACGACAAGCCCUGUGGCUGGAAGGCGUGCGAGGAGGCAUUCUACUUCAACUCGGGCUUCAUCCAGCACCAAGGCCUUCACUCCCACGAGAAGACCUACGAGUGCAAGGCAUGCAUGAAAAGAUUCCCAUGGAAGUCGUACCUCAUCAUCCACCAGCGGUUCCACACGGGCGAGAAGCCCUACGAGUGUCAAGACUGCCGCAAGGCCUUCUUCUGCAAGUCGGACCUCAUCCGGCACCAGAAAACGCACACGGGCGAGAAGCCCUACGAGUGCGGAGAGUGCACCAAAACGUUCUACUGCAAGUCCGAGCUCACGCGCCACCAGAGGACUCACGCCGUGGAAAAGCCCUACGUGUGCCAGGAGUGCAUGAAGACCUUCAAGUGCAAGUCGGACGUCACUCGGCACCAGAGGACCCACUCCGGCAAGAAAACCCACGAGUGCAAGGAGUGCAUGAAGACCUUCUACUCCAAGUCGGACCUCACUCGGCACCAGAGCACGCACACGGGCAAGAAGCCCUACGAGUGUGACGAGUGUAACAAGACCUUCAACUGCAAGUCCGACCUCACCGUGCACCAGCGCACGCACACGGGCGAGAGGCCCUACGAAUGCAAGGAGUGCAGGAAGACGUUCCACAGGAAGUCCAACCACACCGAGCACCAGCGAACUCACACGGGAGAGAAGUACCACGAGUGCAGUGAAUGCAUGAAAAGAUUCUCCUGGAAGUCACAGCUCAUCGUCCACCAGAGGACUCACACGGGGGAGAAGCCGUACGAAUGUGAAAUAUGCAGAAAAGCGUUCUGCUCUAAGUCAAACCUUAUUAGACACCAGAAGACUCAUACAGGCGAAAAGCCCUACGAAUAUGAAGACUAUAUGAAAACGCUCUACUUUGACCCGGAACUCGCUGAGAGUCAGGAAACCUACAAAAGCGAAGACCUAUGGAUGGAAGGAAUGUAAGACUGGACGUAGAAUUCCAUACCACAUCCCAGAAUCCACACAGCUCAAAGCCAUAGGACGGGAUGGGGCAAUGGCUCCGUGGAUCAAGCCCUUGCUGAGCAAGCCUCAGUACCCGAGUCCAUAUCCCCAGAUCCCACUUAGCAGCCGAAAGCCAUCGGCAGGCUUCCGUAACCCCAGCAUGCUGACGGCACAGCGGGAGGCAGAGCCAGGAGACUUUCCCAGAAACUGACGUCCUGCCAAGCCCAGUGUACACACACACCACCGAGCGGCGUGAGCUGCCCCGCCUCAAACAAAGCGGAAGGCGAGGACCGCCGCUCCCCGGCAUCCUCUGGCCUUCACGCGCAGGCCCGCCGUGACAUGGACGCUGGCAGGUGACAUAAAGCCAUAUAAGGGUCGCACACGCUGCGAAGUUUUCUGCCCCACGUCACACGCCACGCGGCAUCAGGAAGCAGACAGGUGAGCAGCCCCGCCAAUGCAAGAAUGUCACUUAGUCAUGAGACGCCCACCCAACGCAAAGAGCAUGCAAAACAUCCCUCCAGCGGGCCUUUGCCGAACAUCAAACUUCAUGGAAAUAUGGUCCUGAUGUCGGCUCGGGGGGAUGCUUUCUGCCACAGAUCCCCUCUGAAACCCAAAGCCCGCACGGCCACCAGUCAUGAAUGUAAGAUUGUAGUCACAUUGUGUGCUGUGCCGGACAUCCAGGAAUGCAUGCAGGUGGCUGACCUUGCUGAUGUAAAGAACACAGGAAAACCUGCACUCCAUAGCGUAGAGUCACAAGAUAAGUGAAAACCCACAUGUGACGGAUUCUGUGAAAACUACCCACAACAAGCCAGGCAGGCCUUCCCGAACAUCAGAAAAUGUGUACAGGAGAAAGGUCACGUGGAGCAAGGAAUUUAGCCAGCUGUAGCCUCACACAGCUUCAUCCCAGCCAACCUGUGCUGCUCCGCGGGUCCAUGGGGCUGGGGAGCCCAGGGCCGCCCUGUCGGCGCCUUCGAAAGUGCAGGAAGCUUCCUGGUGAGAGGGCUCCUCUGUGUCACGAGAGCCCACCUCGGUGUGAGACCAUUACAAAGCAAGUAAUGUCCAAGACACCUCAUAGAACUGAAAAUCUGGCCUGGGAAGCCACCCAGUGGGGACCACGCAGGAUCACACAGUACAAAGCAUUCACGCUGCCUUGGCGCGCUGACCACGGACGCUCAAGCAGGAGGCCGUGUAAAUGCACCCGCUGCAGACAAGGUGCCCAGCCGCUCACGUCAGCUGGCGUCGACUUACUCGUGAGCGCAGGUGCGGAUUUGAAUGGACAGAACUGCCUGGGCUUCAGUCACGGUCAGUGGCGUUGUGCUUGCUAGUCUCCUAUGCGAUCAGUUCUUUCAUUCAGAUCGUCUCCAUUGUCAGUCUCUAUACUCACAGAUAAUUGUCUGAAAAUGAAAGCAGUCGUAUCCAGAAAUGGCCACACAGUGAGAAUGCCCUACUGUGCGAGGACUUUUCACUGCUCCCUGCUGGCGGAGUCUGCGUCGCGUUUUUUUCUGAGCACUCAUCUUGUCGUCCAGGUUCUCGUGUCCCUGACCCUUCUGCUUCACGCUCCUGAGCGCGGAGACCUGUGCCCCAGUGCACAGACGCAAGUUUGUUUAAUGGGUAAACCCUUCCACAUCUCCAUGUCUCAGAAACCUGGAGAGAAGCUAUCAGUUGAGAUAACACGGAUGGAAUUUUUUAAGUAUAUUAUUGAAAUUUAUAUUUUCAUCUGUGUGCCAAUAAGUGAACAUGGUGACAUUCCUGACAGGACACGUGCUAUAAUGGGAGAGUCGCGGUGGACACUGCAUACAGCCCGGCCAUUCUGUCAGACGUCUGGCAGUGUAUGUGACAUGCCCCAAACGUUUGUGCUGUGUGGUGCCGCUGUUUGAUCGUAAUGUUCCCCAGAGCCUCCUGCGUGUGGAUGCUGAACCCACAGCGGGUGGUGCUGUUUGGUAAGGCUCAGGAACCCUGAAGAGGAGGGGCCUUGAUGGAGGGCGCGCGUCCCUGGGGGUGGGCCCUGAUACGGUACAGCUCAGCUCUCCUCCCUGCGGGUGCGCAGACGUGACCCAGGCUUCCUGCUCAGACCUGCCGUGCCUCCCCUGCGAGAAUGGGCGCUUCCCCUCAAAAGUGUCGGCUGAGAACAAACCCUUCCCUUCCUUAAGCUGCUUCUGGUUGGGUAUCGUGUCCCAGCAACAAGACAUUAACAAGCCACA